AUGGCUGUGGGUGUGACGAUGCAGGAGGACUCAGGUAGUCUUCAGCACAGCCUCAGUGUUCUGGACCGGCUGCUGCUCACACACUCCAUCUGGCUGCAGCUGUCAAUCAAUACAGACUCCACCCUCCACAUCCUACAGAGAGAGCCAGUGGGGACGUUCCUGGUGUGUAAGUGUGCGUCCACCCAGAGGAAGACUCUGUGUGUGAAAGUGCAGGAGGACAAUGCUUCCUCAUCGGUCAGAGAGUACCCAAUCAGAGAGGAGGAUUCCACUUUCUCUUUAGUGAGUUCUGCGCUGAGUUUUCCUGACCUCUGUAGACUGGUGGCUUUUUAUUGCGUUAGCAGAGAUGUGUUGCCUUUUCCACUAGAGCUCCCGGAGGCCAUCGCACAGGCUUCCACCCACUCACAUCUAGAGACUAUCUCACACCUGGGAUUGGAGUUCUGGAGUUCCCAGGCUUGUCCUAAUACACCCAAUGGCCCACCUCAGCAAGAUCCUUCCGGCCCGACCGGUUCCAGCAAGGGGAACUCUUGCCGCCCCGCGGGCUCUCGACGGAGCGGGAAGGGUUCUCCGUGUUUCAUCAACCCCCUCUUCCUGCAGCAGCAGCCUCCCAGCCGCGGGGCCACGCACAAGCGCCAUCGCUUCAAACGCAGUUUAAGGGUGCGGGUCUCCAUGGAGACCUCCCUCAGCUUGUCUUCUGGGCCUUCCUCGCCUGCUCCAGAAGGCCUUAGGCCAGGACGGAAGACCACUGGGGUAGGACUCCUCAAACGGACCCCUGCCCUCUCCCCCACCUCAGAGGAAGAGGAUGAUCAGAUGCCUGAAAAUCUGCCUCUGGUAUCAGCACCCGAAGAUGAGGAGGUGAAGGAGGAGUCCUGCAGCGUUGAGGAGGCCUGCACGGCUCUCGAGAAGAGGCGCGCCCCGUCUCUGGCCGAACUGGACAGCAACAGCUCCUUCAGCAGUCUGGAGGAGGAGGCGCAGGAGGAGGUUCAGCCGGCCGUGUCUCGGGCGUCUCUCACGCGCGGAGCCAGUUCCCCGGCGGGCCCGGCGUCCUCCCUGCGCAGGAUGAGCUCGGCGUUCGUUUGUUUUUUCGCCCCGGAGCGGCGCGUGGCGCGUCUGGUGGAGGACCUGGCCAGGGAUCGGCGAUCCGCCUUCGGCUCGCUGGUGCAGGAUUUCCUCCGGCAGCAGAGGGAGGAGAUGAAAGCCCAGUCGUGGAGCUCCGCCGUAGGGCUCCUUCAGGGCCUGAGGCUCUUCCUCUCCCAAGCCAAGAGACUCCUGCUGGAGUCGGGGGAGAUGGAGCCCCCCAUUGAGACACUGGUGCCCGAGAACGAGAAAGAUCUGGCCUUAGAGAAAGCCCUGUUUGGCUGCGUGUUAAAGCCUUUGAAGGGCCAACUGGACCAGACUCUCCUUUCUCUGCACACGCUCGACGGCUCCCUGCAGCGCGUCAGUGACAGUCUGCAGGCCUGCCAGGAGGGGGCGCAAGAGCGCCUGGGUGUUCGUGUAGGCAUCCUGGACGCACAGGGCAUAGAGAGAGCCAAGAAGAAGCUGACGCUAAUGCAGCGCAUUCACUCCCCCAUCGACAAAGUCCUGCUUCUUCUGCAGGUGUGCAAGAGUGUCUACAAGGCAAUGGGAAAGAACCCUGAUCAGGAAGUAGGCUCAGAGGAUUUCCUGCCAGCGUUAUCCUACGCCAUCGUUAAAUGUAACGUCCCAAGGCUCCUGUUGGAGGUGGAGUACAUGAUGGAACUGCUGGAGCAGUCAUGGCUGACUGGGGAGGGAGGAUAUUAUUUGACGAGCGUCUACGCAAGCCUGUGUCUGAUCCAGAAUCGGCCUGAAGCCCCACCCUCUAGUACGCUGACAAGAGACGUGCAGGAGAGCCUGAGAGAGUGGAGUCAACGUCGGGGCCAGGAGGCCAAGACUCAAAAAGAAGCCCAACAGAGCCAGAGGUUUGUGCGUGUAUUAUUCCAGGACGGCGAUCGCACUGCCAUUCGGACUCUGCAGUGGAAGGCGGGAGAGAACGCUGAAACAUUUACUUGUUCCUGCGCGGCGAUGUUCGGCGUGACCCACCCAGAACACUACAGCUUAUUCUGGCGUAACGAUGGUGAAAUGAGACCCCUCCCACCUCAUGCCACGCCCCAGGACCUGGCCAAUCACAGUGAGGGCGCCACCUCCCUCUCCUACCUGCGUUCUGACCACGACUUCAGCAAGAUGCGUAGGCUGACCAGAGGGGGCGCCGUAGACCUGGGAGAAUCUGUGUGUGAGGAGUAA